GUUCUCCGUGUGCCCAACAUCUCCCUGAUGUCUUGUCACCGGUGUGGAAAACUGUCCUUAAACCAAGUCGGAUCACUGUCCAGAACCUCGCACAUUUCCGUCGGAGAAAGCUGUCAAGAUAUCUUUGUAAGGCAGCAGACAGGGAUCAACUGGUGGCGGUGGAGUUGAAGAGGAAAAGCCUUGUUGGUGAUUUGUAAGCUACAAGAGGCUCUGGCGAUGCACCCCAUGGCCCUACAGGAGUUGGGUAUCAGCCUAUCUAUGAUUGGCGUCGCAGGGUCCAUCCUGAUUUGCGCCCUGCCGAUGUGGAAGGUGACGGCUUUCAUCGGCACACAUCUGGUGGUCAUGCAGGUCUUCUGGGAAGGCCUGUGGAUGACCUGCGUCAGUGAGUACACAGGUCAAAUGCAGUGUAAGCUCUAUGACGCCCUGCUGGACCUGUCACCGGAUCUUCAGGCAGCACGUGGCCUCACCUGCAUCAGCCUGGUAUUGGGCUGCCUGGGUUUCCUCAUCUUCCUCCUGGGAGCACGCUGCACUAACUGCCUGAGUCACCCACAGGCCAAGGCUCGGGUGGUGGUGGGGUCUGGAGUCAUCUUCUGCCUGUCGGCUCUGACCACCGUGGUAGCUGUCUCUUGGACAGCCAACAAUAUCAUCAUGGACUUCCACAACCCACAUGUUCCUGAGGUGCUGAAGAGAGAGCUCGGGGCAGCCAUUUACAUUGGCUUUGUAACUUUUGCGCUACUGUUGUGUGGGGGGGCCAUUCUGUGCACCAGCUGCCCACCACAGAGGGUCAGGUACCCCUCCAGUGGGGGCACACAGGCUAGGACACCCUCACACAGCAGCUACGCCUUCAAAAACUACGUGUGAUGUGCGGGCCCAUCCUUAGCAUGUUGUCAUGGCAACUAAAUGAAAGGUCACGUCGCGUCAUCUGCUGUCAUAU